AACACUGCCAUUAAGCGACUGCGGGGUGAUAUCCCGGCUAUGUCCGGGACGCCAGCACGGCCAGGUACCGGACCAGUGCAGAUCUCGGUUCGGGCCCCCGAUGAUGCGCCCCAAUUGGGAUAAACCACACUGCCGUCUCGCCUCUCAGCGGCUUUUUACUUAUUACCCGGGGACCAGGAAAGAGUGUCGUUGCCUAGCCUCACCCGUUAUGUUUUCCACGACACUCCCUUCCUGUGUAGGGGCUGAACGCUAGUACGGGUAAUAUAGCCAAAAUGACAUAGGACAGCGGGUGGGAGAGGUGCUUCCCCGCGUGCUGGCCCCCGAGUAUUUAUUGCGAUUUGAAGGAGGUGGUGUGUUACAACUUUGUGUGGCAUCACCAAUCUAUGCUGAGACCUCCAGCGUAAGCUCUCCACCAUGAAACUCUCCGUCUCGUGCCUGGUCGGCAUGAGUGCCGCAGUCUACGGACUGGAUGCCCCGUUUCAGACAUACCCCGACUGCACCGAAGGCCCCCUGGCCGAGAACAAGGUGUGCGAUCGCACGCUGCCGCCGGCCGAGCGGGCAGCUGCCCUUGUAGAGGCUCUGACCAACGAGGAGAAGCUGCAGAACUUAAUGAGCAAGGCACAAGGCGCACCCCGUCUCGGCCUGCCGCCCUACAACUGGUGGAGCGAGGCGCUCCACGGCGUGGCCCACGCGCCGGGGACCCAGUUCCGCGAUGGCGAGGGUGACUUCAACUCGUCGACGUCGUUCCCGAUGCCGCUGCUCAUGGCGGCGGCCUUCGAUGACCAGCUGAUCGAGGACAUCGGCAACGUCAUCGGCAUCGAGGGCCGCGCCUUCGGCAACGCCGGCUGGUCGGGCAUGGACUACUGGACCCCCAACGUCAACCCCUUCCGGGACCCCCGCUGGGGCCGCGGCUCCGAGACCCCCGGCGAGGACAUCCUGCGCGUGAAGCGCUACGCCGAGUUCAUGGUCCGCGGGCUCGAGGGCCCCGACCCGGAGCGGCGCGUCGUGGCGACGUGCAAGCACUACGCCGCCAACGACUUCGAGGACUGGAAGGGCGCGACCCGGCACAACUUCAACGCCGAGCUCACGACGCAGGACAUGGCCGAGUACUACCUGUCGCCGUUCCAGCAGUGCGCGCGCGACUCGCGCGUGGGCUCCAUCAUGUGCGCCUACAACGCCGUCAACGGCGUGCCGUCGUGCGCCAACUCGUACCUGCUGCAGACCGUCCUGCGCGAGCACUGGAACUGGACCGAGCACGACAACUACGUGACCAGCGACUGCGAGGCCGUCGUUGACGUGUCGGCCAACCACAAGUACACCGAGACCAACGCCGAGGGCACCGCCUUGUGCUUUGAGGCCGGCACCGACACCAGCUGUGAGUACGAGGGCUCCUCCGACAUCCCGGGCGCCUCCGCCCAGGGCCUGCUCCAGUGGUCGACCGUCGACCGCGCCCUGCGCCGCCUGUACCAGGGCAUCAUCCGCGUCGGCUACUUCGACGGCGCCGAGUCGCCGCACGCGAAGCUGGGCUGGGCCGACGUCAACCAGCCCGAGGCCCAGCGGCUGGCCCUGCAGGUCGCCACCGAGGGCAUCGUGCUGCUCAAGAACGACGGCACCCUGCCGCUGCCGGCCGACGGCGAGGCCAAGCCCAACGUGGCCAUGAUCGGCUUCUGGGCCGACGCCGGCGACAAGCUGUCCGGCGGGUACAGCGGCACGGCCGCGUUCGAGCACUCGCCGGCGUUCGCCGCCCGCGAGCUGGGCUGGGAGAUCACGGUGGCCGACGGCCCGGUGCUGGAGGACGGCGCGGCCGAAGACACCUGGACGGAGGCCGCGCUCGCGGCCGCCGAGGGCGCCGACUACAUCCUGUACUUUGGCGGGCUGGACACGUCGGCGGCGGGCGAGGAACGGGACCGCAUGACCAUCGACUGGCCGGCGGCGCAGCUGGCCCUGAUCGAGAAGCUGGCCGAGCUCAAGAAGCCGCUCGUGGUGGUGCAGAUGGGCGACCAGAUCGACGACACGCCGCUGCUCGAGAUGGACGAGGUCAGCUCGAUCCUGUGGGCCAACUGGCCUGGCCAGGACGGCGGCACCGCUGUCCUACAGCUCAUCAGCGGCGCGAAGAGCCCCGCCGGCCGCCUGCCCGUGACGCAGUACCCGGCCAACUACUCCGAGGCGGUGCCCCUAACCGACAUGACGCUGCGCCCCUCGGCCACCAACCCGGGCCGUACCUACCGCUGGUACUCCACGCCGGUGAAGCCCUUCGGCUUCGGCCUGCACUACACGACCUUCUCAGCCGAGUUCGGCAGCCACCCGCUCCUCGCGGGCCCCGGCGGCGGUAACGGCAAGGGCAAGGGCAAGGGCACCGACGGCAAGGGGAAGGGCAAGUCCCCCGCCGUGGCGCGCGCGGACAUCAAAACCACGGCCAUCGCGGACCUCCUCCGCGACUGCACCAACCAGUACCCGGACACGUGCCCGCUCCCCGCGCUGCCCGUGCAGGUCAGCAACACGGGCAACCGCACGUCCGACUACGUGGUGCUGGCCUUCGUGUCGGGCGAGUUCGGGCCGAAGCCGUACCCGAUCAAGACGCUCGCCUCAUACGCGCGCGUGCGGGACGUGGAAUCUGGUGCGGAUGCGGUGACGGCGGAGCUCCAGUGGACGGUGGGCAGCCUGGCGCGGUACGACGAGAACGGUAAUACCGUGCUGUUUCCCGGCACCUACACGCUCACCCUCGACGAGCCGACGCAGGCGACGGUGCAGUUCGCGCUAGAGGUCGACGCCGUGGUGCUGGAUGAGUGGCCGGCGCCGCCGAGCUGAGCAGGGGACGUUGUUGCACCGGUGAGGGAGUGAGCUCCUUGACGCUCCUUGACCACUGUGUGUGCGCGUGCCUGCAU